GUUUCUGCUUCCUUUUGGCACUUUACUUGCUUGAAUUUACUGUCGAACUAUCAUCAUGUCUCGUCAAGGAUGGGAGGACUCUGACUUUCCUAUAUUGUGUGAGACAUGUCUGGGGCCGAACCCGUACGUGCGCAUGACACGACAGGGAUAUGGAAAAGAAUGCAAGAUUUGUGGGCGGCCAUUUACGAUAUUCAAGUGGAAUCCAGGUCAAGGCAUGCGAAACAAGAAGACCGAAGUCUGUCAGACCUGUGCUAAAGUGAAGAAUGUCUGCCAAACAUGCGUUUUGGAUUUGGAGUAUGGGUUACCCGUGCAAGUCAGAGAUUCCGUUCUUCAAGUCCAGGACGACAUUCCGCACUCAGACGUCAAUAGAGAAUUCUUCAUAGCUAGUGUAGAAGGGAAGCUCGGCAACGACUCGCUAAUCAACUACGCAAAAGCCGAUUCGUCUGCUCGCGACCAACUGAAAAAGAUGUCGCGCCCGGAGCCUUACUACAAGCGCAAUCGCCCCCACAUCUGCUCGUUUUAUGUGAAGGGGGAGUGUAAGCGGGGAGACGAGUGUCCAUUUCGUCACGAGGUACCUGUGGAGAAUGACUUGUCCCAUCAAAACAUCAGAGAUCGGUACUAUGGAAAGGACGAUCCCGUUGCCAAAAGAAUGUUAAAUCGAACUGAUAAGGCGUCUAAGUUGUCCAACCCCGAAGACACCUCCAUCACAUCUCUGUUCAUCACCGGCAUCGACGAAGAAAUCAACGAACAAGACUUGCGCGACUACUUUUAUGCUUUUGGAGAAGUAAAAUCCAUUGUCGUGAUUCAGAAAUCAAAAUGUGCCUUUGUCAAUUACGCCACGCGAGCAGCCGCUGAGCUCGCCGUUGAUAAAUCCUACAACAACCUCAAUAUUAAGGGAAAAGUCUUGCGAGUCCAGUGGGGGAAAGCAAGACCUCAGGGACCCAAAGGCGACGUGCAGACGGAGGUUGGGACGGUGGUGCCAACACCUCAGCCCGCAAAACAGGGGACAACGUUGGAUCAGCUGCUGAAUAUGCCACCAGCUCCACCACCUCCGGGUGCGGGACCGUCAUUUUAUCCUUCUCAGGAUCCAAAUAUGCUUGGGACGUCGAAUAGGGAGUUUAGGGCUUGAGAUGCGCGGUUGUAUAGAAAACGGGUAUCCUUGUACGAGUCGUUUCUUUUUUUGUUUAAUAUCGUAAAAUUAUGGCAACGAGUG